AUGGGGUGUGGACGCCGGUGUGGAUGUUGGGCGCUCAGUGAACUGGAACUGGAACGAUCCAGACACCAGGCUACCCUGGAGGAGAAUACUCGCUACCAGAGACACGUCCAGGAGCUGCGUGAGGAGCUAUCAACACUACACUCCACCGUAGCGGACCUGGAAAGACGCUACUCUGACCUCUCAGCACGCUACCGCAACACUGUGUCUUCUCUAGAUCAGGUCAAUGAUACGACUCUCAGGUUGAAGGACCAUUCAGCUGACCUGGUGGACCAGAACCGUCGCCUCAGGUCCAACUGUGACAAGUUAGAGGAAGAGGCACGCCUCCUGCGGGAGGAGCUGGAGAACGCGAGGGCCCAGGCGGAGGAGGAACACCGUCGGCGCGUCUCCAGCGAAGUCUCCCUCAGUCGAGACCUGGUCGACACUGAGAGGAAGUGUCACGUAAAGCUGCGUCGAGCCCACUCCUUGCACGACAUGGACAAGCAGCACCUCCGUCACGACCUCGACCGUCUGCAACUCGCCCUACACAGGGAAAAGAAGAGCCACCAGAUGACUUUAAGGGAUAUGUAUCGUCAUUACCCCUACACCUACUGCCUCCCUCAUAGCAUAUACAACUGCCAUGACUGCUACCACGAUCCCAUGCUCCUAGACUAAGAUAAGCAGCCAAGCCUCCGCGGACUAUUAUUAUAGGGUAAUAUUGAGUUCAGGUUCUAGUCUGAACUCACCCAAUGUCUCAUGUUUCAACAUGGAAGGAAGGUAUGCACUCGCGGGGAAGGCCAUGUGAAGAUAAUAACGUGGAUCAUGUAGCAUCUGGGAAUUGGGAAGAAAUCAGGUUUGAUCUAAGGAAGAAUAAGAUAGCUAUAAUUCGAGAAUCUUUCACCAGCAUCAAGGACUGAAGGGUAACGGUAACACUAAGAAUUUUGGUUUCGCUAUGUAUGGAUUUAUAGCCGUCUCUGUGGUUGGUUGGUUUAUUUCUCUGUUACAUCAAAACAUACUCCUUGCUAAGACCUUUUUCACUCAUUUACGCUGUAUUUGGAUAAAUUUAGAUAAUUUAUUUAUGGGCAUAUAAAGAAAUCAAAUUAAGUCUGUAUAAAAACAAAAUAUCCGUUUAGAACACAAUAUUGAAGGCCGGAAGAGUACCGGCGAAUAAUAAUAAAAAAAAAAGACCUGGAAGUUAAAACCAAAAUAUAGAAGCAAUGUUGCUGAAUAUAACGGAAGGUUGGGACAGACAGCAGGAGAGUUUGUGACUGGAGAUGGAACAAUUUCUCUUGACAUAAGUGAUAUGUGAUGACCCACCCAGUAGAGUUACGUCACUUGACCUAGGACUUCACCUGGCCAAUUUACCUGUUAGGUGCAUAAGAGCAACAGGUGUAACGAGACCGCCCAUACGUCUCGCCUGAUUCGGAUGUCACCCACAACAGUUGAUCAGCAUCCUGGUAUGUAUUUAAUGCUAGGAGAACAGAAGCAGCAGGCAUAAGGCGUGCACACAAGUCCCGCCUAGUCAAGAAUUAAACACGGGUACUCCGACUGAGGCGAAUGCACUACCGUUUAAUUACGAAAGUGUCACCAGUUAUUCUUGAACAGUUUUUUAUCGAUAUUAAACUCCUAGAGUUUGUUAAAAAAAAAGGCACAUAGGACGUGAUAAUAUGUAAUUACUGCAGAAUAGAUUAGGACUAACUACGGUAAGAGUCAAGUUCUGUACCUAGUUUGAAGUUACAGUAACAUACACAGUUCUAGGUUAAAGUCACUAAUAAAUAGUGCAGACUAGCAAUAUCCUACUAGCUAGUUCAGACAGCAACAUCAGUACUCCCCACAACCCCAGUAUUUCCGUACUAUUGGUUGGUUAAUUAGAUUUAAAGUCUACACGAGGGUCAUUGAGGCUGCGUAACAUGUUCACAACCAGUCAAGCAUACUUUAAUAUAUAAAAUAUAGAUUAAAGUAAACUCUCAGCAUAUAUACGCUGAGAGAAAUACACGUCAGCAUAUAUACGCUGAAAGAAAUUCACCUCAGAAUAUAUACGCUGAGGGAAAUAUACGUCUCCGUGUACGUAUCCCGUGUCAAGUAGUAUUUGCUUUAUUAUAUUAAAAAUCUAAAUUAAUUAAAAAUCGAAAUUUAUAAGUUUUACUGAUUUAUCCCUUUUUAAAAGGGAUAAAUCAGUAAAAUUAUGCAGUUUGAAAAGAAAAUUAAAAUGAUAUAGCACUAGAAUCCGAAACAAAACCGAAAUUGAGGCACAGCUCCUCGGGAGAAUGGAAGAAGGAGGGGCGACCUGAUAGAAGAAAAAUGUGAAAAAAAAAUUAACCUAAUGAUCAAGUGGUUCAUUAAUAUUUGAGACACAUGCCAAAAGAAAAAGAAGGGAUGUGAAGACAAGAACGAUGACAGGAAGUUACAACAAAACAGAAAAUGUGAGAAGGUUUAAGGGAAUUGAUAGAGUGAAAGCAGUGGGAUCAGGAAGAUCACCUUGGAGGCUGCAGGAAGCACAGAAACUAUGUAACCCCAUACCGAGUCGGCUAACACCCAGGUACCUACUUACUGCUAGAUGAGCAGGGGCAGCAGGUGUAAGGUAACUAGCACCCAGGUACCUACUUACUGCUAGGUAAACAUGGGGAACAGGUGUAAGGGAACACACCCAGAUACUUCUGUUUUAGGUUUAUAGGGCCACUGACACCUUACGCAAUAUCGUGACCAAACGGUCCCAACAUUUCUGCUUGUCCGUUGUUGUCACUGAAUUCCUGAUGUAUAACUGAAGCCAAAUAUUAAGCCAAUUUACCAUCGAUAGAUGAUAUUAAUAUAAACACAAAUCAUGCAAAUUGUUAAAGAUGCCAAAAUGAUAAAUAUCGUAGUUACCCAUUUAACUUAAGCUCUACGCUGCCAUUUUCUAUAAACAAAGUACAGCCAAAGUCAUAGAAAACUUCUAACAUAUUUUGGAUAAACUAUGAUAAAUAUUACUAUCACCAACAAUAGUUUCUAUUAUUAUUAUCACGGGGAAGCUGUAAACUCGUAGGAGUUAUACAUUACUUCAGAAUGGAAAGAGAUCAAGUCUGAUCAGAGGAAUUGGAAGAUAGCUCCAAUUUCUUGGCUCAAGAGCCCUCCAUUAUCAUAAGAAUUUGCUAUAUUAUUGCUAAAAUUAUAGUAAAACUUCUGUCGCUGUCAGGUUAAAAAUAUUUUAUUUGUAAAUUAUGCUUUAAAAUACAGUGUAGGCUAAUUGGUGUCCUAAAUUAUCUGCAUUUCUAAUAGGCAGAGGUUUAUUAUUAAAGUUAUUUGUGUUAAUAGAAAACCGAAAGUAUUUUUCUAUACUCAUUAUUUACGAUGUGUUUUUGGGUGUAAUGUAUUAUUAACGUUGUAAAUAUAGAUCAUAAGAACAUCGCUUUGAUGAGAUAUAUUAAACACUCCACAAAAUCAAUAAUAAUAUUAUUUUAUGUUAUACAAACAACAGUACGAGUUGAUCAUGCAAAAAUCCAUCACCAAUAACUUGUUAACAUAGAUUUCGUUUUACUACGAGAAACUUAAUAUAUCUACAAAACGGGAAACAGAAUAAAAAUGAGAAUAUUAUUAACAGUUUAAAGAUCUAUGAUAAUAUAUGUACUUAAAUUAUAGUUAUCAUUGUGUUGUCUGUAUUAAAAUAAUUCAAAUGAGCGUUUUCUCUUAUUUCACCUGUUUUUUUUUUUUAUAAUCACUUGUUACAGAUUGUAUUAAAACUAUACGGUUAUAACUAUGACCAUAAUUUAUAAGGGGUAGAGGGGUAAGCCAGUGGAAGGCCUCCAUUAGAUGACCAAAUGCUCCAACGGCGGGUCAUCUUGUAAGACCAACGUCAGGAAGCACUUGUCAUGUUUCCUGAUGAA